AUGACGGUCGACCUGAAGAAGCCGGGCGACAAGCCGGUCAUCAAGUACACGCGGUACACCGGAAAACUCGAUUCGGACACGGCGCCAAUGAAGCCGCUUGGCUUGGAGCAGGACGUCGAUGAGGAUGAAGAUCAUCUUGAUGGAGCCAUGUUGGGGCGCGCGGAGCCGUCCGACUUUGCGAAAUAUUGGAUGCGGUGGGCAAUGCUGCAGUGGCACACUUGCUGGGGUCGUCGUGACGCGCCGGGCGCCGGGACGGCUCCACCGUACGCCGUCGUCGCCAAGCUGCCAAACGACAGCUUCAAGGCGCCACCGUCCGAGGGCGCCCCGCCCGCCUACGACCAGCUGAGCAUCCACAAGCCGCUGCACAAGAUGGACGACGAG